UUGAAAAUGUUCUAGAAAGAGAAAAUGCAAAAAUCAUAAUUUUAAUCAUUAUUACAGAACAUAAGUUAAAAAACUUACUGAAAUGAUUUUUGAUCCUUUUUCUGAUUGGCUGGUCGUCAAAUUUAGCUGCUUUAGCUGCAGAUCAAAUCAAAUGUAAAAGAUCCCGACUAGAAAAAGGCAAAAGAAAAACUUUUUACCAACUAAAAUCAGAAAACAUGAGGAUCAAUUUAUACUAAACGAAUGUAAUAAUUACUGAAUGGUGAAUAAAAGUAAGAAAAAACAUUUAAAAAGUUGAUGUUUCUUAACAGAGAAGCUAAUGUUGUUUGAUGUGAGUUUGAUUGACCUGAAAACAUAAAGAACAGGAAGUAAACCUGCAGACAGAUGUUUCUCUGGACGUUUACUUAUUUUUUUGCAGCAUAAAACCUGAUAAAGUUUCAUCUGAUUAAAGGCGUCGGGGGCAGAAAACCUCAGCUGCUGAUGUCAUUUCCUGCAGUUGUUUCUUUCCGUUUCUGCAGGUGAAACGGCUGAGUGAGGAGGAGGAGGGCAGACCUUCAUCAUAUUUUCCUGUUCGCAGUGAAAUGUUGUGAAUCACACAUUCUGACAAACUGUGACAGCCAAACGUUUUCCAUGCUGCCUGUUGGACUUUUGAUUAAUUUUGGUUAAAAAAAAGAGACAAACAGUUAAAACUGACAAAUUCCUCCGAUGUUUCAGUUCGUUCAGGUUUUAUUGGUUCCAUUAAAUGUUUUUAUUCAAAACAAAAGGAUCCAGUUUUACAGCAGAAAGACACAAGAGGCAUUAAAUUAACAACCUUUAAGCAGACGUUUUGUUCCAGGUGGAAAUGAUCUGAUGAUCAGAGGAUUUGGAGGGAUUCAGUCACAGAGCAGGAAAAUCCAACAUGUGAGAAAAAUGCUGGAAAAACUUCAACCUGGAAAAGAAACGGCAGCGUUUGAUAAAAAGAAAGAAAAGGAGCCGCGCCUGCAUGAUGCCGCCAUGUUUCCCUGAUCCGCCUGGCUGGCAGCCAUCAGCCUCCAAUCAAUAACCAAUGAGCUCCGAAGGAACCCAGAUCCAGUUCUGAACUUGAACUAAAGUCACGAGAUAAACAAAAGUUCUUCAGAGAGGCCUUGGCCUCAGACUCGUCCUGUUGUGAGCGGACCGCCUUCCUGAUGCCGCCAUGCCCAUCAUCAGCAACACCAACCACGACUUCAGCAACCUGUCGCUCAGCGACGACAGCAGCCUGGACCGCAUCUUCACCGAGAUUCCAGAGACUGAGACCAUCAAGGGUGUCUACUACCAGAGGGCGCAGUUGAUCCGCAGGCCGGAGGACCUGGUGUCGGUGGACCACGCCCUGCUGGCUGUGAUCAACGUGGGGGGAAACCGCUACACCUUCCCCUGGACCACCCUGCAGCAGUUCCCCCUCACCAGACUCGGCCGGCUCUGCGGCUGCCGGUCGCUCGAGGACAUCGCCAGCGUGUGCGACGACUACGACGAAACCAGGAAGGAGUUCUUCUUCGACCGCUCUCCGUCCGCCUUCAAGGUCAUCCUCAACUUCCUGGCGGCGGGAAAACUGCGGCUCCUGCGAGAGAUGUGUGUUCUUUCCCUUCACGACGAGCUGAACUACUGGGGGGUGGAGAUGGCGUACAUGGAGCGCUGCUGCAAGAGGAAGAUGUACACCCGCAUCGAGGAGGUUCACGACAAGGAGAGGCGGGAGGAGGAGCGGCGGCAGAGAAACGCCAUGCAGCGCCUGCCGGUGGAGGAAACCCGGUACAGGAAGGUGAUGAACUGGCUGAGGGACAUGGUGGAGAAUCCUCAGUCCGGCCUGCCGGGGAAGAUCUUCGCCUGCCUGUCCGUCAUCAUGGUCGCCGUCACUGUGGUCAGCUUGUGCAUCAGCACCAUGCCUGACCUCAGAGAGGAGGAGGACAGGGGCGAAUGUUCCUCCAAAUGCUACAACAUGUUCAUCAUCGAGACGGUGUGUGUGGCCUGGUUCUCCCUGGAGUUCGUCCUGCGCUUCGUCCAGGCCCGCAGCAAGCUGGACUUCCUGCGCGGGCCGCUCAACAUCAUCGACGCCAUGGCCAUCCUGCCCUACUACGUUUCCCUGGUGGUGAGCGAGGAGGACCAGAACCGGGAGACGGACCGGCCCGGCGGAGGUAAGGGCUACCUGGACAAGCUGGGGCUGGUGCUGCGGAUCCUGCGGGCGCUGCGGAUCCUGUACGUGAUGCGGCUGGCGCGCCACUCGCUCGGCCUGCAGGUUCUGGGCCUGACGGUUCGCCGCAGCACGCGGGAGUUCGGCCUGCUGCUGCUCUUCCUCUGCGUCGCCGUCACGCUCUUCUCCCCGCUGGUUCACCUGGCCGAGAGCGAGCUCACCGGCCCGCACGACUUCAGCAGCAUCCCCGCCUCCUACUGGUGGGCCAUCAUCUCCAUGACGACGGUGGGGUACGGCGACAUGGUGCCGCGCUCCAUUCCCGGCCAGGUGGUGGCGCUGAGCAGCAUCCUGAGCGGGAUUCUCAUCAUGGCGUUUCCCGCCACCUCCAUCUUCCACAUGUUCUCGCGCUCCUACCAGGAGCUGAAGAUGGAGCACGACCGGCUCUUCAAGGAGGAGGUGGCAGCUGCAGCAGCCGCCGCCGCCACCGGGGGCGCUGCGGAGCCGCAGGGGGGGGACGCGAGGUCGCCCCCUGCUGGGCCUCCGGACCAAACCAAGGAGCUCUGCAUGGAGGCGCUGCUGCAGGAAGCCAACAACCACAGUCUUCCACCUGCGGCUUUCUGAAGGUUCUUCACGAAACUUUACAGCUGCAGUUUGCAACUUUAAUAAAUUUUUUUAAAAAAGGCUUUGAUAUAUUUGAUAAAACUGUCUCCAUGUUGUGACAGUAGCUGCGUUUCUAUUCCAAAUAUGAGCUAAUUUUUGUCUAUAUUUUGCUCAUGUCGAAAAGCAAAAUUUCUCUAUUUCUGUGUUUUCAUUGAAGCUGCAGUUUGUAACUUUUACAUAAAAUAUUUUAUUUGUUGAAACUGUCACCAUAUUGUGACCAUUUCAGACAGAUAAUCUGUGAAAUAAUGAAGCUCCUCUGUUUUCUACCAACUUGAAACAACCAAUCAGAGCCAGGAGGCGGGUCUUAAUGCUGUCAAUCACAGUCUCAUGUCAGCAGAUCCUAGCAUAAAUGCUAAUGCUAGUUAGCUUAGCCAUUGAUAAUGAUGGUGCUGUAACUGUAAGUUGUUUUGCCAUUAGCACAUUUAGCAUUGAUUGGCAGCGCUAAGCCCCUCCUCCUGACUCUGAUUGGUUGUUUUUGGUUAAUCUCUGGCAGUAGCAGGUCCGGGAGGAGAUGGAUCUGUUCAGAUUAUCAGUCUCAUAAACUGUCACGACACGGAGACAGCUUUAACAAAUUAAAAAACAUUUCUUUAUAAAAAUUAUAUACUGCAGCUUUAAAUAAGAAAUUAAAUUCAAAUCCUCCACGAAUAAGCUUGUUCAUGCGAUUAGUUGUUAAUGGCAGCGACGGAUGUAAACACAUGAGAUAUAUUCAUUAUUCAGCUGCUAGAGCUCAUCAUCUAUCAGCCAAUCAGAGGAGAUGUCGGCGUUUUACUCAGCAACAAGCCCCGCCUACUCGGGAGUGGCUACUUAUACAACGUUUUGGGGAAAAUUGUAGUCGGCUAUUUUACAGGAGAAUUAUGGAUUCAACAUGUUGGAACGACUCGACUUUUUAUGAACUGAUGCUGUUAUGCUCUAGUGGAGCUGGCUGCACAAAAACAAACAAAGAAAACCACUUCCUGUUGUCUUCUUUGGCGUUUCUGGCAGUAGUAACAUCCGGCUGUUGAUCAUGUUUUGAUACGGCUGAAUAGCCUCAUCAUCCUUGUGCAAAAACGUUUCAGCAAAAACUAGCCUUAGCAUUUAUGGCUACAUGGUAGCAUAGCAGAGUGAAAGGCCGAGAUUGUGAGCAUGAGGAUGAUUGACAGCAUUAGGACCCGCCCCCUGUCUUUGAUUGGUUGUUUCUGACUCAGCAGGACCAAAUCUUUUUUUUUUUUCACAGAUUAUCUACCUUAUACAAUCUGGCAGUUUUAACAAAUAUGUGAAGAACAUAUUUUUAAUAAAAGUUACAACUGCAGCUUUAAAACACAGCAACUACCAAGGCACUAAUACCCCCAAAGCCUAACUGCCCAGUUCUGGCAUUCACAUUAUUUUGGAUACAAAUAAAAGUUUUUCUUUUUUUAAAAGUAUUUCUGGUUUUUGAUGCAUUGACUGGAAACGUGAAGAGAGACUGGAAACGAACCUUUAUACCGGAUGGUUCCUGUGAGACCUGAAGGCCUCUGCAGCAAUAUUCCAAACACGCUGCUUCCAUAAACCUGCAAUAUUAAACCCAAAGUCACUUCUCCUUCCACUGUGAACUGACUGCAACAUUAUCCGAGUUUUCAUUUCUGUUCAAUGUGCUGCAUAAAGUAUGAACUAAAACUGUUUCAUACUCAACCUUCCUGCCAUGAAUGCAAAGAAGUUCAGCUUGUAGUUUAUGCAUGAGAAGCUUCAAGCCAUGUUCUGAGCAGAACUGAUAAAAUCAUUAUAACCCAAAUGUAAUGUAUAUCUGUUCUCUGUUUAUCUGAUAAAUAACUGAUGGAAACAUCUGGGUUCAGUUUGGACAGUUACACUGUAAAAAGUUAACGGCAAUAGUUUGGAAAAAAGCUCAUUGAUAUUUGUUAUAGAUUAAAACUAAAUAUAUGAUUCACCAUUUAGCUUAUGAAUUAAAUAUUAAGUUUCUAAUUAUAUAUUUAUAAAUCAAUGAAUAACAUGAUGAAAAUAUAACUUUGAAAAAUGAACACCCAUUUUUUUAUGACAGACUAAUUAAAUCAAAAUAUUGCUGUUAAUUUUAUUGUGUAACUUUACAAACAGCGCCCCAUACUGUUGGGAAAAGGUAUUUACUCCUUUAAAGGUUUGUUUUGUUUCUGCUUUUUUGUCACAGUUAAAUGUUUCAGAUCAUCAAAACAUUUUAUAUUGAAGAUAACCUGAGGAAGCCAGAAAAACGUCUCCUAGACUGCAGGUGAGCCGUCAGUCUGUCUUUAAAUGCUGUUCGUUAGCGACGCGACGUUAACCAACAAUCUGAAUAUUUUUAUCGCCUCUUCAUCCUAAACGAUGCGACUUGAGCCGGUUGGUGAGAACGGUUCUUUGUUUUUUAUGAGUUCGUUUUUAAGCAGCUCACUUUUUGCUACAUUUUGUUUCCAUGUUACAAAUAUCACCAAAAUGUUACUAAUGCACAACCUUUGUAAAAAGCUACAUGAUAUCUGAUGUUUUUGUUUUGAGGUUUUAUUUAUUAGCUCAUUUUUUUCUGGAAGAACCUGCUGCGUUUUUUUUUACUUAAUACUGAUGAUGAUGUAACAUUUUUGUGAACUUCUUUCACAACAGGAAUUGAUAUAAACGACAUUUAUUAAGGAUAAAAUGGCUUUAAAAAACGGAUCAUUUGAAGUGACGGUUCGGAUCCCAGAAGGCCCGCCGGUACCGGUAGCUUUAUGGACACACCUUCCAGAAACACUUUCAUCUGAACCGUCCAGAGAAUAUUUUCCUAGAAGUUUUGAGGAUCAUCUGGAUGUUAUUGGACAAUGUGAGACGGGCCUCUGGGUAGUUUGGGUCAGCAGUGGUUCUGGUCGUGGAACUGUCCCAUGGACGCCAUUUUUUCCAUGUCUGUCUUUAUUUAGAUGUUUGUUUAAAGCUUUAGAUGUUUUUCUGGGUGGGUUGUUGAUGAUUUCUUACUGUUUGAGAUUAUUUAACCUACUUUGUGUUGUCAUUCAUUUCAACUAAUUAAUUCAAAACUUUUAAUAUAUUAAAAAUUUAUUAGUCAAUUAUUCACCUUUUUUUCUUACUGAAGUCCUGAGUGGAACCUUAGUAUUUGUGUGUUUCUGGUACGCCCGUAAAUCUGGGGCACAAGCUACAUCCGCUAACAGUGAUGGGUGACGAAGCCGCUUCUCUGGGUUUAUUUCUGCUUCUACAAAUGAUCUGAUUGGUUGCUGGAAAUGGGGUUUAAGUGGAAAAUGUUGCUUGUUUUUUGCUGAUUAAUUAAUUACAGACUGCCUUUAACCUGAUUAAAUGUUUUAAUGGAAUCCCUAAACUAUUUUCUCGGUCUGACUGUAAUCCCGCCUGGGUGAGGUUGGUGAAAUGAAGCCAUUAAAUUUGGUUAUUCUUAGUUAAUUUAUGAAUGAAAAAGGAGCAGAUUAGUUCUGAUUGCUUUUCUCUUAAUUAAACCGUUUUUUUUUCUGUCUGGUGUUAAAAUGUGAUGAUCUGAAACAUUGAAGUGUGACUAAGAAGGAAACUCAGCAAUCUGUAAGUAGAUUUCCUGAGCUCUUUCCUGCAGGAUGAUCCCUACUGUAAUUUUGUAAUUAGGGAUUAAAAGGAUGGAGAUGAAACAGGGAGUUUUUGUUUUAGACAAGGAGUGUGCGUGAGCACCAAGAACCAUGAAAUGUACUUUGCGAUGCUCCAAAUAAAAGCUCUCCUUGUAAUCUGACAGAAAUCUGU